AUGGAAAGUAUCAAAUCUGUUGCCAAUCGAUUUGGUAUAAGUAAAUCCACUUGUUGGAUGGUACUUUACAAGAUUUGUAAUAUGCUUGUACAAUUAAGCUUGCAACAUCGACUGAUUGCAUGGCCAUCACCCAAUUCUUUGCAAGUUACAUCUAACAGUUUUCAGCAACGUUUUGGAAUGAGAGGAGUAAUUGGAGCCAUUGACGGUUGCCACAUUAGGAUUAAUGCGCCAAAGGACCAUCACACGUCAUACAUAAACCGAAAGGGCUAUCAUUCUGUGUUGUUGCAAGCUGUGUGCAAUGCAGAUAUGUUAUUUACUGAUGUCUACACCGGCUAUCCCGGAUCUGUACACGAUGCAGCAUUAUUCAAGCGAUCAGAUUUGUGUAAUAAUAUAAGUACAGGUGCUGCCUAUGUAGGAGAGUUUUACUUACUUGGGGACAAAGCGUACCCUUUACAAACUGUUUUAAUGGUUCCCUUUAAAGAUACCGAUUUGGAGGUGUUGGGAUUGGUGUGUACCGCGCAACCCAACGGUUUCCAACCGCUUCUAAUGACGCUGUUGGCGUUCGAUUGCGUUCGCUCGGUGAGCGGUACAUCUAAGGGAAAUUUGAUGUGGUCUGGACAGGAUUUGUCGCGAUUUUAG